ACUGUUCCCGCCCAGCUGCUGACCACUGGCAGAGCGCUUUGUAGGACCAGGGGUGCUCCAAGCUCAGAGCGGUCUGCAGAAAACCUGAAAGGCCACUAUGGCAGAGAAACCCAAGCUCCAUUAUCCAAAUGGAAGAGGCCGGAUGGAAUCCGUCAGAUGGGUUUUAGCUGCUGUUGGAGUCGAGUUUGAUGAAGAAUUUUUAGAAACAAGAGAACAGUUGCAGAAACUGCAGAAUGGUAACCAUCUACUGUUCCAACAAGUGCCAAUGGUUGAAAUUGAUGGAAUGAAACUGGUACAGACGCGAUGUAUUCUCCACUAUAUAGCAGAGAAGCACCAUCUCUUUGGCAAAGACCUCAAGGAGAAAACCCUAAUUGACAUGUAUGUGGAAGGAACGCUGGAUCUACUGGAACUGAUUAUCAUGCAUCCCUUUCUGAAACCAGAGGAUCAGCAAAGGGAAGUGCUUACCAUGGCCCAAAAAGCUAUACUUAGAUACUUUCCUGUGUUUGAAAAGGCUUUAAGGGAGCAUGGGCAAAAGUUUCUUGUUGGUGAUCAGCUGAGCCUUGCAGAUGUGAUUCUACUUCAAACUAUUUUAGCUCUGGAGGAGAAAAUUCCCAGCAUCCUGAAUUCAUUUCCUCACCUUCAGGAGUUUUCUGUGAAAAUCAGUAAUCUUCCCACAAUUAAAAGAUUUCUUGAACCUGGCAGCAAGAAGAAACCUCCUCCCGAUGAACUCUAUGUGAGAACCGUCUACAAUGUCUUUAUGCCGUAAAACAGUGUGUAUAUCUGUGAAUGUGAACUAUUUCCCUACAGGUGGCUGUGUCCACCUUAGUGUCUUAACUGAUGCUAGCCUGAGUGUUCCCAGUUCUGUCAUGGUGCUAUGUAUAAUUAUUCUUAAGUUGUAUCUUUCAUUUCAGUAGGUCCCUUUAAGAAAUAUCAACAUAGUAUUGUCCAGUGAAUAAUUAUGGGAUCCUUUUUCUGAACACCAUCUUGAGGAAGUUAGUAUUUAAGUUGAAUCCAAAUCUGGAUGCUCAUUUCCUGACAAUAAAGAUGAACAGUGCUUCAUGUUCUUGCCUAAGUUUCUUUACCCCAAUUAUAAGCUUAACUUUUAGUGUCUAUUAAUGGUAGCAUGCCUUGUAAAUGACUCUCUUCUCAACUGUAGCAAGCCCAUGGUGGUAAUGAAUGUACUUGAUAUUAGCCAAAAUAAAGAAUUUAUAAAUA